AUGAUCUCCGCCACUCGCAGAUGGCUCCGGCGGAAUAGGACCCCAUUUGCGAUUGCUUUUGGCGUCCUGGGGGUCGGUUAUAUCGCAACUCAAUAUGUCUUGUCGAAAAUAUCAGAUGCUCGAGAGCGUAUGAGCAGUGAUCGUAUAGCUCGAGAGAAUCUUCGUAGGCGCUUCGAACAAAACCAGGAAGACUGUACCUUCACUGUGCUUGCUCUUCUUCCCACUGCCACGGAUAAUAUACUCGCGGAAUUGGAAACGGAGCGCAUAAGUUUCGAGUUGCAACAGCAAAAAGCGGCCAAGCUAGCUCGUAAUGGAGAAGCACAUCCGUCCGAGCUAGGUUCAGGCCCACCGAGUGUGACAGAUGAUGAUGGCAGAAGUCUAGCAAGUUUACAGAGUGAGAGCGGAGUCCAUGCGAGUCAGAUGGGGAUACCAUCUGCUUCAACUGUUGGAGAUGGGCCUCAAGAUGGAGGGCAACAAGCACAAAAAGCAAGGAAAACAAAGCUUCAGCUCUGGAAUGAUCUGAAGAUCAGCGCAAUCACGCGGGCAUUUACCUUAAUAUAUACUCUCGCCCUCCUCACGCUUCUGACGCGAAUACAGCUCAAUCUUCUAGGUCGACGGAAUUAUCUGUCGAGCGUGGUAUCGCUUGCGACUGCUGGCAUGGAACAGUCAACGAUUAGUCUGGAAAAUCACGACGACGAUAAUCCAGAUCAAGCAUAUGGGAAUGACUUCGAGACAAACAGACGAUACCUGACAUUCAGCUGGUGGCUUCUUCAUCGUGGUUGGAGAGAGGUUAUGCUUAAAGUGCAAGCUGCAGUCAAUGAAGUUUUUAGCACCUUGAGCCCGAGAGAUGAGGUAACCAUGCAGAGAUUCUCUGAGUUGACUCUCGAGGUCCGGAAACGUGUUGAGGGCGCCACUGAAGCCGACAGACAGGCGACUAGAUGGCUGCAGUACCUGCUUCCACCGAGAGAAGAAGAAGAGUUCGUACUCAAGGAGUCUGGGAUGAGUACGGACCCAGAAUCUGUGUCUUCAUCAUCAUCAGCAACCCCCCUUCGACGUCUUCUAGACGAAACAUCGGAUCUAAUUGAUUCUCCGCCGUUUUCGCAUGUUUUGACCAUGCUGCUCGACGCUGGUUUCUCAACGCUUGUGGACCAGAAAAUUGCACAACAAGCAUUCAAAAUUCCAGCAACACCAGAUGUUGCUGACUUGAACGCUCAAAGAGUCACAGAGGUUUUCGAACCCAAACCUGUCAAGUUGCCGAUUGUUCUUGCCAUCGUGAGUAAGCAAGCCCACUCGAUCGGUAACGGUGUGCCAAAUGAGUAUCUGCAGGCUAUGGAGCAGGUCAGAGACUUGGAAGCCUUUGCAGCUGUUGUGUACUCAAGCAAUUGGGAGAGCGAAAUUAGUCCAAUGAAUGAUGAUGGCAGUGCUAGUUUUGUGCAGAAAGAUGGACCAUUAGGACCAGAGAUCGUUGGUACAGGGAGUCGGGUAUCAACCGAAACUGCUCCCGGUCAGGAAAGUAUAGUGGACGUGGGAGCUACAAGUACAUUUGAGAGUGCUUGGGACAAAGCCGUGGAAGCUGGCGAGAAAUCUGGUCCCACAGAGUAG